CAUUGGGCUGGGCCCCCCUCACGCUCCGCGGGAGUCAUGAGAGCGAGCGGGGCUCUGCAGGUGCUGGGCGUCCUCCUCAGCCUGGCCCGGGGUUCCGAGGUGGGCAGCUCGCAGGCAGGGCGGAGCUGUGGAAGGGGGGGGGGAGGUUGUUGUUCUCUAGUGUUGGAAAACAAGAGUGGCACCUCCUCUCUUCCGUGAGGGCCUGCCCUGUGGAGAGCUGAGAUGAACCCGAGGGCCAAGUCCAGGUGACAGCAGGGUGAGAGGCCACGCCGAGGCUGACUGCCCUCUUUAUCUCAAAAUAAUAAAGUUGGCUGGUCCCCGACUUGACCAGACUUUUUUUUGUCAAGACGCAGAUGAAUUCAACUAAUACUUACUAAGCAUCUACUAUGUACAAAGCCCUGGGCCAGGAGCUAUAGGGCCAAGGACUUCCAGAUGCUAUUUCUCUCUGUCUUUUCUCUCCCCAACCUGAGGGCCAGUAGGGCACCUGUCCUAUCUUCUGAGCCCCCUGUCCUGGGGGGGGGGGUUCCUUCUUAGACCCAGCUUCACACCCCCCACCAUUCUGGUUUAUUGUCUGGCUGUCUGCAGCAGUCUAGACAAGAGUCAGAUUGCUCCUCUAGUCCUCCUCCCACUCCCAUGGCAGCUGAGCCCACCUCUUUGGGGUGUCUCUGGGACCAUGGACACCUGAGAGGUGCUGGGGUUGCUGGCAUUGGAGGAAUCCUGCUGAUUUCCUCCCCUCCCCCCAGAUCUCAGCAUGGGGUUUGGCACAGUAAGGGCCCCUUCCCCAGGGUGGGAGUGGGAGAAACACCUGUGCUUCCCUCACAGUUGCUGGGCCUAAAUUUAGACCCUGGGAUCUUGAGAUGUGAACACUCCCAGCUGGUGGAGGGCCCGGGUCUGGGGGGUUGGAGUGGGAGAGACUGAGUAAAGUGACUGUAUCACUGUCCCAUCCAGACCCCUGGACUCUUCAGCCCGGAACCCAAGAGUCCCAGAUCCUGGCCACCUUCCCUGAGGGAGACAGGAGGCAGGCAUGGUUGGGUCUCUUUACCCUUUAUCUGGAUCCUGCAGCCUCUGGGCAUCCGGCCCUGUCUCAGUCCUUCUAUAGCCCCUUUGUCCCGGCUGUGAUGGGGGUGGGGGACUUUGGAGAGGAGGCCUCUGGUUAAGGAGGGGCUGGAGAUUCUUGUCCUGACCCACCCCAGUGCUCUCUACCAAAGGGGAGCCUGUGACACUGGCCCUCCCUGUGGCCCCAUCCCUGGGUAUAGCAGGGACUUUCUAAUUCCCCUCCCCCUCCUCUCCUCCCCAGGCUACCUGGUUCCUCCUCAGAGGUGUUGUUCAUACUCUCUUCCCGCCCAGCCCUUUGCUCCUGUUUGUGCAAUAUGGACUUUACCCCCCGGGCAGCAGGGAUCUGGGACCUCUAACACCAUAGCCUCCCAAGCCUCCCUCCCAGAGUCUGCACAGACGCAUGUGGGCAGGUGGGAUGGAUGGGGCCACCUAAAAAACUGCCUAAUAAGGAAACCCAAGGACAGAACCCAUGUAGAUUUCUGGGCCAGUAGGGGAGCUGUGUACGUGUUUGCAUGCGAGAAAGAGUGUGUGUGUGUGUGUGUGGGUGUGGGUGUGUACACACACCCCACUUCCUUGUUGCAGAAAUCUUGGCUCCUCCCUUAUCUGGGGAGAAGGGUUGGCGCCUUGACUUGGAAGAGGGGGUGUCCUGCGAGGAAGGGGGUUGGGGUGGAGCUGUUCCAGAAGUGACUAACCUCCUAGUCGUUUUCUUUUCAACCCAAGGACCCUAGACUUCCCAGGCUCCUCUGGGAGCUCCCGGCCUGUUUAUCCCUCUGCUGGGUCCAGCUCACCCCUUUCUCUUCCUGGGGAGUGAUAGGGAAUGGGAGCCCUUGCAAGGUCAAGUGGUCAGACUAGGGGUUCCUCUGGGAGGAGGGGUUGGGGCCUCACCAGUCUCCCUGCCCCCAUUCCCAUUCCUGCCUCGCACUAGGCUGCCACGGCCUCAGGGAAGGGUGGCUGGAACAGGUGGUAUCCACCCCGCCUCCCCGCAGUCUUUCACUGAGCCAGGGCAGAGACGGGUAGGGCUUCAGGGUCCAACAUUUCUCAGCCCCUGUGUCCUCCAUGCUUACAAGUAAAGUGAACCCCCAAGACUGACAUGCCCCACGUACCUCGAGUCUAGGCUCUCCCGACAUAAAUGAGAUUGCCAUUUUGGAAGGUUUCUUAAUGAAUCUCCUCUGACAAUGAAAUUGGGUAGCAGGCUUAGAAUGGAGGCAGUCGGCUACUGUUUCCAUCCAGCUUCUGUGUAUUUGCUGAAAAAUACUCUGGGGCUGGAACGUGUAAUGGUGAGGGAGCUGGAGCGUGCUGGGCUGGGGAAGGUAGCGAGAGGAAAGCCAGGCUUUAGGAAGGGGGUGCGGGGUAGGCAACCAGCUCCCCAUCUUCUAGCGUUAAAGACAAAGCUCACAUUGAACCCCCCCGCACACACCAGAGGCCCCCUGCUAGUGAGGUCACUUGUCUGAGCCCAAGGCUUGAGGGUGGAGGGAGGUUGCUUCUGAGGACAGGGAGUCUGGGGACAGGGUGGGGCCGCCCCCUCCUCCUAGAUAGAAUCGCCUCAUUGUGGGCCGGACUGUGGCCCCAGGCGCUGCCCCCACCCUCUGCCCCCAUCCCACCCUCAGUAGACACAAUAGGGGCUGUGUGUUGCCCCAAAGAGAUAUUUAUUCCGGGACCUAGAGAGGCAGGAUGGGGGUAGAGAAGUGCCCUGGUUGGAGUGGGGGAGGGGAAGAGGAGGGUAACCAAGUUGUGGUCCUUUUCUAACUUCUUUCUAAGGAGAGGAAAACAACCCCACAUCCUCCUUGAUUAACUCCUUAGCACCCAAAGUAGUACCCAAAAGAGGCACAGAGGAGGCCCAGGUGGGAAAAGGAAACCUUUUCACCUUCCUGUUUGGAGGGAUAGUGAGGGAGUUCUGGGAAAAGAGGACGUUUAGGCUCUCUCGGUCCAGCCUUGGUGUCUGCUUCUCGGGCUGAGGGUUGAAGCAGCUGCCUUCUAAUCGUGUGGAAUGUUACCGGAAGAGAGCAAGCGAGGGGGUGGGCUUGGGGGACAGGGCUGAAAACUUGUGUCCAGCCCUCUGCCACUCUUCCCUCCACUUGGAACAGUGUGCCCUGGGACUCUGAACGGGCUGAGUGUGACCGGAGAUGCCGAGAACCAAUACCAGACACUGUACAAGCUCUACGAGAGGUGUGAGGUGGUGAUGGGGAACCUGGAGAUCGUGCUCACAGGACACAAUGCUGACCUCUCCUUCCUGCAGUGGAUCCGAGAAGUGACCGGCUACGUCCUUGUGGCCAUGAAUGAGUUCUCUACGCUGCCCCUGCCCAACCUCCGCGUGGUGCGGGGGACCCAGGUCUACGAUGGGAAGUUCGCCAUCUUUGUCAUGUUGAACUACAACACCAACUCCAGCCAUGCUCUGCGCCAGCUCCGAUUUACUCAGCUCACUGAGAUUCUGUCAGGGGGCGUUUACAUUGAGAAGAAUGAUAAACUUUGUCACAUGGACACGAUUGACUGGAGGGACAUCGUGCGGGACCGAGAUGCUGAGAUAGUGGUGAAGGACAAUGGCAGGACCUGUCCCCCCUGUCAUGAGGUCUGCAAGGGACGAUGCUGGGGUCCUGGACCAGAAGAUUGCCAGACACUGACCAAGACCAUCUGUGCACCUCAGUGUAACGGCCACUGCUUUGGGCCCAACCCCAACCAGUGCUGCCACGACGAGUGUGCAGGGGGCUGCUCGGGCCCUCAGGACACGGACUGCUUUGCCUGCCGGCUCUUCAACGACAGUGGAGCCUGUGUGCGCCAGUGUCCGCAGCCUCUUGUCUACAACAAGCUCACUUUCCAGCUGGAACCCAAUCCCCACACCAAGUAUCAGUACGGAGGCGUGUGUGUAGCCAGCUGUCCCCAUAAUUUUGUGGUGGAUCAGACGUCUUGUGUCAGGGCCUGUCCUCCUGACAAGAUGGAAGUAGAUAAAAAUGGACUCAAGAUAUGUGAACCUUGUGGAGGUCUGUGCCCCAAAGCUUGUGAGGGGACGGGCUCUGGGAGCCGCUUCCAGACUGUGGACUCGAGCAACAUUGAGGGAUUUGUGAACUGCACCAAGAUCCUGGGCAACCUGGACUUUCUUAUCACUGGCCUCAAUGGAGACCCCUGGCACAAGAUCCCUGCUCUGGACCCUGAGAAGCUCAACGUCUUCCGGACAGUGCGGGAGAUCACAGGUUACCUGAACAUCCAGUCCUGGCCUCCCCACAUGCACAACUUCAGUGUCUUUUCCAACCUGACGACCAUUGGGGGCCGAAGCCUCUACAACCGGGGCUUCUCACUGCUGAUCAUGAAGAACUUGAAUGUAACGUCUCUGGGCCUCCAAUCCUUGAAAGAAAUUAGUGCUGGGCGCAUCUACAUAAGUGCCAAUCGACAGCUCUGCUACCACCAUUCUCUGAACUGGACCAGGCUGCUUCGUGGGCCUUCGGAAGAGAGACUGGACAUCAAGCAUAAUCGGCCCCGCAGAGACUGCGUGGCAGAGGGCAAAGUGUGCGACCCACUGUGCUCCUCUGGGGGAUGCUGGGGCCCGGGCCCAGGUCAGUGCCUCUCCUGCCGAAACUACAGCCGAGGAGGUGUCUGCGUGACCCACUGCAACUUUCUGAAGGGGGAGCCUCGUGAGUUUGCCCAUGAGGCUGAAUGCUUCUCCUGCCACUCGGAAUGCCAGCCCAUGGAGGAUACUGCCACGUGCAAUGGCUCGGGCUCUGAUGCUUGUGCCCAGUGUGCCCAUUUUCGAGAUGGGCCCCACUGUGUGAGCAGCUGUCCCUUUGGAGUCCUCGGUGCCAAGGGCCCCAUCUACAAGUACCCAGAUGCUCAGAGUGAAUGUCGGCCCUGUCAUGAGAACUGCACCCAGGGGUGUAAGGGACCAGAGCUACAAGACUGUUUAGGCCAAACACCGGCACUGAUCAGCAAAACCCAUCUGGCCAUGGCUCUAACAGUGGUAGUAGGAUUGGCAGUGAUUUUCCUGGUCCUGGGCAGCACUUUUCUCUAUUGGCGUGGGCGCCAGAUUCAGAAUAAGAGGGCUAUGAGGCGCUACUUGGAACGGGGUGAGAGCGUAGAGCCUCUGGAUCCCAGUGAGAAGGCUAACAAAGUCUCGGCCAGAAUCUUCAAAGAAACAGAGCUGAGGAAGCUUAAAGUGCUGGGCUCGGGUGUCUUCGGAACUGUGCACAAAGGAGUGUGGAUUCCUGAGGGUGAAUCGAUCAAGAUUCCCGUCUGCAUUAAAGUCAUCGAGGACAAGAGUGGACGGCAAAGUUUUCAAGCUGUGACGGACCACAUGCUGGCCAUCGGCAGCCUCGACCACGCCCACAUUGUACGCCUGCUGGGACUGUGCCCAGGGUCAUCUCUGCAGCUCGUCACUCAGUACUUGCCUCUGGGCUCCCUGCUGGACCACGUGAGACAACACCGUGGGGCACUGGGGCCACAGCUGCUGCUCAACUGGGGAGUACAAAUUGCCAAGGGAAUGUACUACCUUGAGGAACAUGGCAUGGUGCACAGGAACCUGGCUGCCCGAAAUGUGCUCCUGAAGUCACCCAGUCAGGUUCAGGUGGCAGAUUUCGGGGUUGCCGACUUGCUGCCCCCUGAUGAUAAGCAGCUACUGCACAGCGAGGCCAAGACUCCAAUUAAGUGGAUGGCCCUCGAGAGUAUCCACUUUGGGAAAUACACACACCAGAGUGACGUCUGGAGCUAUGGAGUGACAGUUUGGGAGCUGAUGACCUUUGGGGCAGAGCCCUAUGCAGGGCUGCGACUGGCUGAAGUACCAGACCUGCUGGAGAAGGGAGAGCGGUUGGCACAGCCCCAGAUCUGUACCAUUGACGUCUACAUGGUCAUGGUCAAGUGUUGGAUGAUUGAUGAGAACAUUCGCCCAACCUUUAAAGAACUAGCCAAUGAGUUCACCAGGAUGGCCCGAGACCCACCACGGUAUUUGGUCAUAAAGAGAGAGAGUGGGCCUGGAAUUCCCCCUGGGGCAGAGCCCCCUGCUCUGACAAACAAGGAACUGGAGGAAGUAGAGCUGGAGCCAGAACUUGACCUAGACCUGGAGUUGGAGGCGGAGGAGGAGAACCUGGCAACCACACUAGGCUCUGCCCUUAGCCUGCCACUUGGAACACUCAGUCGGCCACGUGGGAGCCAGAGCCUCGUAAGUCCAUCAUCGGGAUACAUGCCUAUGAACCAGGGAAAUCUUGGGGAGGCUGCCCAGAAGCCGGCAAUUUGUGGGGGUAGUGAACGGUGCCCCCGUCCAGCCUCUCUGCACCCCGUGCCACGGGGACGCCUGACGUCGGAGUCAUCAGAGGGCCACGUGACAGGUUCUGAAGCCGAGCUCCAGGAGAAGGGAUCCAUGUGUAGGAGCCGGAGCCGGAGCCCACGGCCACGAGGAGACAGUGCCUAUCAUUCCCAGCGCCACAGCCUGCUCACUCCUGCCACCCCACAGUCCCCACCAGGGUUAGAGGAAGAGGAUGUCAAUGGUUAUGUCAUGCCAGAUGCACACCUCAAAGGUACCUCCUCCCGGGAAGGCACCCUUUCUUCAGUGGGUCUCAGUUCUGUCCUGGGCACCGAAGACGACGACGAGGACGAGGAGUAUGAGUACAUGAACCGGAGGAGAAGGUGCAGCCCGCCUCGUCCCCCCAGGCCAAGUUCCCUCGAGGAGCUGGGCUAUGAGUACAUGGAUGUGGGAUCAGACCUCAGCGCGUCCCUGGGCAGCACACAGAGUUGCCCGCUCAACCCCGUGCCCACCAUGCCCAACGCCAGCACGACUCCAGACGAGGACUAUGAAUAUAUGAAUCGGCGACGUGGCGGAGGAGGUCCUGGGGGGGAUUAUGCCGCCAUGGAGGCCUGCCCAGCAGCUGAGCAAGGCUAUGAAGAAAUGAGAGCUUUCCAGGGGCCUGUCCACCAUGGCCCCCAGGCCCAUCAUGCUCGCCUCAAAACUCUACGUAGUUUAGAAGCCACUGAUUCUGCCUUUGAUAACCCUGAUUACUGGCACAGCAGACUCUUCCCCAAGGCUAAUGCCCAGAGAACGUAACCCCCGCUCCCUGAGGUACUCAGGGAGCAUCGGAUGGCAGCUAGUGCCUCUGCAGGCUACCUCUCUUCUCCUUAGCCCCUCUUCCUCACAGAUCUCAGCCCCACUUCUCCAGUCCCGGACAAUUCCAUUCAACCUCUGGAGGCCUUGACACAAAAUUCUUGUGGUAUUAGCCGGCUGUGCACGUUUUCUCUUGCCCAGUCCCAGGAAAGGAGGUGGUUUUCCCUACGUUAUGUGCUUUCCCAAUCCCACCCCUCAGCUUCCUCAGGGGAACUCCCUGGAGAUAUGAAGGAUCACUCCCCAUGUCCCUUUCUCUUAAGACUCUGACUUGCUGAGACUAGGCUUUAAAGUGUGCCUUUGUUUCCCAUCAGACUUUUAAGGAAGAGGAAAAGGGGGGGGGGGACUGUCAGGGGAAAGUAAGCUUUUGACUUAUGACCCUUAAUUCCCCAGAAAGAAUUAGAAGCUUAAAAUCUUGUGAAGAGCUUGGGAGAUGUUAAUGAUUACUAUUAAUUGAGCAUUUACUAUGUGCCAAGAAUCACGCUAAACUUUACCUACACUAACUUAAUCCUUGACACCAAUUCUGUGUGCUAGGUAUUAUCCUCUUUUACAGAGAAGGAAACUGAGCCUUAAAGUGAUUAAAUAAAUCAAGCAGCAGGUCCAGGAUUCAAAAUCUUACAAUGCACAAGCUCUUACUGUAAGGUAUCAAGGAAAACUGAUAUAAGUUAGAACCCUUGUAAGGGGCACUGUCUUCUUGUUUUUGCACUGAAUCAAGUCUGACUCCAGCAACUGUAGCCUCCUCCUACACCCAGACUUAUCUCAGAAGGUGGGAGUAAGGGGGUGGUCAGAAGGAAAAAUUACUGGACAUCUCCGUGUAAACCAUAAUGUACAUGUGCUGUGUAUGAUCUCCACCCAAGGGACAGAUUCACAAGGGUCCCAAGAGCCACUUUUAGGAGGUAUUCUCAUCCAGUAGUGGGAAGCUUCCAGUUGGGAUAGAAAGAGGACCCUGCUUCAGAGCACUGUUCCCUUGGAUGGGAAGCUAGGAGUAUCUGUUAUUAUCCUUGAAGUUUUUUGUUUUGUUUUUAUACGUCUGAAUAAAAAUGCCAAAGUUUUGCAGCUUCCUGUCUGUCAAAUG